AGGCAGCAGAACAGUACAUGGCAUUUUCUCCCAGAACGACAGAACAAACAGAAAAAAAAGGGAGGAAAGCAUGACGUCAUUUGUUCCACAAGCCCUUUCAUCCCAAUUCCACAGCAUGGGACAGGAGUCCCAAGAGUUCAGCCUGUACGGUGACAACUUCUACAGCACUCAGCCUGUCCCUAGUCCACAGCAAACCCUGCCGUCCGCUUACGAUUUCGGAGAAUAUGCCGGACAGACCUCCAACCCUUACCUGUGGUUCAACGGACCUGGGCUCAAUCCGGCUCCCUGUCUCAGCGGAGGGCCUCAGCACUAUGGAAUGCCGAAGUCAUACAUGUCUGCAGGUGGAAUCGGAGGCUCGGACGGCAGCAUCAGCUGGUUCUCCCUGCCGUCCCAAGAAGAUUUGAUGAAACUAGUGAGGCCUCCAUACUCUUACUCAGCACUCAUUGCGAUGGCAAUACAUGGAGCCCCAAGCCGACGUCUCACUCUUAGCCAGAUCUACCAGUAUGUGGCUGACAACUUCCCCUUCUACAACAAGAGCAAAGCCAGCUGGCAGAACUCAAUCCGGCAUAAUCUCUCGCUCAACGACUGCUUCAUGAAAGUGCCCAGAGAUGACACCGAUCCAGGUAAAGGCAACUAUUGGACCCUCGACCCAAACUGUGAGAAGAUGUUUGAUAAUGGCAACUUCCGUCGCAAAAGGAAGAGAAAGUCCGACUUGGCCGAAGAGGAGGGAAAAGGCUAUUCUGGAUCGGACUCUCCUCUGUCAAGUCCUAAAGAGCCCAGCGACACCUCCGAGAGAGGAAACUCUCCAGUCUCUGCAGAUCUGACACCAUGUCUCAAAGGCUUCCUAAGUCAAAUGGGUGAUGUGGCUUCAGGCUCAAGAGAGGCUCUUCUUCCAUCUCCUCUGGCAUUGCCUUUGAGCCAAAGAUCUUCUCCUAAUGGGGCGUAUGGCUCGUACUCACCGAGCGCAACCGUGCCGCAAUGGGAAACCCACAUUCCUCCCCCUGUCGUAUCCAACAUUUCCACUUCGCCUGCUCCAUUCACAGACAGCUAUAAUGACACUUUGCUCAACCAGUACACUAGCCAGCUCUAUCCCGUGCUGGGCUCCUCUGACUUGCUGUAUCCACGGGAGGGAACAGAGGUGUAGCUCGGGUCAUAUAGCACCAUCAUGUAUGAACUGUGGCUACAGGCACUUGAAGGAGCGGUCGGCCCGCAUCGUGAGCCAAGUUCCCACCGCAGUGCCUGAUUCAGCAGGUCCGAGUGGACACGGAGGAGAUUCCCUCUAUCAGACAGUUUGUGUGAACGCUCUCAAACGCUCUUCUCAGACUCACGUGCUGACAUCAUCUAAAUCAUGUUGUAGCUGAAAGACAACAGUAAUCGCCCCAGGCGAACUGCUCCCAGUCCCGUUUUUUGUGUUGUGGUUUUUGUUUUGUUUUUGCAACAGAUUUCAAUCCUGUAACAUUGAAGGCUGGAACAUGCAAAAAUGCACUGACUUUUGUCACAAAUAUGAAUUUGUUCAUUGUUCAAUAUUUUUUAUUUGUAUUGUUUGCUUUAUAUAAUUUGUGAUUGUAAUAUAUAUUGUAUUUGCCAAAAUAAACAUGCAUAUUCGCAA